AAAUACUUCUGUAGUGAAUGAGAGAUUGAAAACACCAUGAAGUUAAUUAAAUUGUUAGUGAUAGUGAGUUUGAUUUCUCCUAUUUUAGGUGACUGUUUGCAAACAACUGUUUAUGCGGAUUGGACCGUAAUUGUAUCGACCUUUAGGACCUACGUCAUCGGAGAUAAAUAUAAAUAUUUAUUAAAAAAAGAUAUAAUUUCCACUUAUUGCCAUAUUCAAGAAAACUGUAAUGUACCUAUAGAUCCGAUUAUGAAUUUAAACAAGGAAUUUUAUCAAAAUACCUUUAAACGUGUAGUUCGAGAGUACCUGGAAGAAAAUGAUUUGGAAUUUACUUAUGUAUCCUCCUGGCACUCUCUUGACCUAGGAUGUUUUGCAGAAAAGAGUGAUAGAGGUAAUGGAAUUAUAUAA